AUGUCAGAGAAAAAGCAGCCAGUAGAUUUCAGUUUCCUCAAAGAGGACGAUGAGUUUAAGGAGUUUCUUUGGGAAUACUGGGAUGGUUUAGAUGAAGAUGCACAUGUCUGGGAGUAUAAUCAGGAUGAUGACAAUGUAGAGGAUUACUUCUCCAACCAGUUACGAGCUGAACUAGAGAAACAUGGUUAUAAGAUGAAGACUUCAAAAAAAAAAAAAAAAAGAUGGAGACUUCACAGCAUCCAGAAGAAGCAUUGA